AUGAAAUUCUUCCCCAAGUGGGAUAAGAAAAAAAAACAAGAUGACGAGGAAAUUUCAUCACCUGAAAAACGUGCAACGAAGAAUGGCGGCGGAGUGGGUGGUUUGGAGAAGACGAUUGACGUGCAGAUUCCGCUGGAGAACCAUGAGGGGCAAGGCGUUUGCUGCAUAGGAGAAGUCACAGAGUUACCUUUGAGUGAUAUUAUCUCACUGAGCCGUGAGUUCCGUAUACUUCUUUGCGGGUUGUCAGAUUUACUCUCUAAAAAGCAGUUUGUUGCCUCACUGAAGUCCCUCGCCUCGGAGAUGAUAAAGAAAGAGUUUGCAGUUAAGACCGUCGAUUCUGCGAUUGGGAAGCAGCCGCUUGUACAACGUUUGCUGAAAGAACCCCCUUUGGUACGGACACGAUUAGCCCUCGCCGUUUUGCGUUUCUGCGGCGUUGUGGAGUUGGAGCUGGAGAAUGAAGAACUAAUGCGGGGCACAGGGUUCUUAGAGGCACUCCGGGGUGGAAAGGCCGCCAGGGAUGUUCAACCACCCCCAGCGCGUGACUCUUCGAUGUUGGUAAAACCGGUUUCCCAUGUUAGCUUUAGUGCGGCAAAAAUAUAUCAUCAACUGAUCACUAUGAAUGAGCUGCCUUCCAUGGAGGAGAUGGAGGAACUCAUUUGUCGUACAAUCAAGGUGCUUAGGGAGGAAAACAACAUAGUGGUGCUGUCUAUACCCUGUGUUGUAGUUGGUGAUAUACACGGACAGUGGCGGGAUCUGGUGGAUAGUAUUAUUGCUGCUGGAGGCCCCUUGGACGUGGACAAACACACCUGCUCACAGACAGAAGAAGACAUGGAGGUGGCUGGAAGGCGAAAUUACUUGUUUCUUGGUGAUUACGUGGAUCGUGGCCCACACAGUCUUCACUGCCUGGCGCUUCUUUUUGCUUCCAAACUAUUGGCCCCGAACCGCGUCUUUCUUCUACGUGGCAACCACGAAAGCAGUGAGACCAAUAGCAAAUAUGGUUUUCUGCAGGAGUGUUCUGAGCAUUACCCGCUGCACUCUGGGGACAGUGAAAGUGAUGGAGGCUCAGUCGACAUUGAGUGGGGCUUACCAGAGCACCCUCUCUGGAUCUUGGCAAAUGAGGCCUUUCUUAGUUUGCCGAUUUGCGCAAUCGUGACCAACUCCAACCCAACCCCGGAUAAGGAGAACAAUGAUUUGUCUACAAGUUGUCGAGAACGGGUUGCGAUUUGUGCCAUGCAUGGGGGUCUCUCACCCUUCAUCUCAAACAGUUUAGAUGGCAUCUUGGCAAUUGACCGAUUUUGUGAAAUUGAAGAUGGCCCUCUUGCAGAUCUUACCUGGGCUGACCCUAUCACCACAGAGCCCACUGAUGACCCCAGAGAACGUAGCGGGGACGGCGGUGGGGGGGAGAAUGGACAGGCCCAGCGGUUAGUGCGUCACUGUGUGCCCUUUAACUACGAUGAUCCUGUGCCUGUGCCGAUUCCCUCUGUAAGCAAGGGAUACGUCUUCAGUGCGCGUGGUCGAGGACACAACUUUGGGGAGGACGUAACUCUACAGUUCUUGAAGGAGAAUGGACUGAGCUUCAUUGUCAGGGCACAUCAGUGUGUUCAUGAGGGGUAUCAGUGGCAGCACCAACACCGUAUUUUGACACUCUUCUCUGCCCCUAAUUACUGUGGUUUAGGAAACAAGGGUGCCAUUCUCAUUUUGCACGCGAGCGGAGAGCCAGAGCUCGUUCAGUUUGAGGCACGUGAAUCCAAGGCUGCUGUAAAAGCACAACCCGUGCCUUUGCCUCCAAAAGCGUUUUAG